UACAUCGAUAUAUAUACAAUCUCUCGUCUCUCUUCUUUCUAUCCGUCUCUUUCUACCAUGGCUAGGGUUUUUCCUCAAGCAGGCGUUUCUUCACCGUACAUGAGUACGGAGAGAGAGACUUUCACGGUUUGGAUGAAGUCUCUGGUUUAUCAAACCAAUGGUUUAACGGUUUACAAUUCCAACGGAGAGAUUACGUACCGGGUCGAAAACUAUGACAAAUCUAGCAAUGAAGUGCACAUCAUGGAUCUCCAUGGAAACAUUCUUUUCACCAUUCGCAAAAAGAAAUUAUGGCUCUUUGGGAGUUGGUAUGUGUAUAGAGAAUGUGGGACGCUGUCAAGCACUGAGGAAGUAAAACCUUUUGUCAAGAUCAAAAGGUCUUGUAUUAGAGAUGGAGAUUGGGAAGUCCGAGAUGAGACCAAUGAAGUCUUUUGGAUUUUAAGAUUUGACCCCAAAUUUUCUUUUCAGAUAAUAGACGUCCAUGGAAACAUCAUUGCAAAGGUAAAGCCAAAACAAUCAUCAAAUGGAGUUAUAUUGGGGGAAGAUGUGUUAUCUUUGGAGGUGAAGCCACGUAUCGAUCAUUCACUCGUUGUAACACUUGUCACUGUAUAUGGAUUGAUUAAAGGAAUAGUUUAAAUUUUGUUUGAAUUUCAUAGAAAAUUUUAUAUACAAGAUAGUAUUUUUUUUCCAACCAUGUUUGUGUUGUGGGAGAUGUAAAGUGUCAUUUUUGCUAGCCUUGAUUUUUUUUUUUUUUUUGCUUGUUUCUAUAAUUUUGUCUAUUUUUUACCAUACAAAUAAAUAAUUUAUUUGAUGUAUUUAUAUAUAUAUAUAUAAUAUAUAUAUAAUUAAACAAAAGGAAAAUAAGAAUGCUUUUUAUAUGCUAGAACAUAUAUUUGUUAAUGGUUUUUGUUAAAACAAAAUACUAGAUGAGUUAGCAAGGACAACAAGUGUUUUAGAUCAGUCGAUUCUUUAAAAAUCGGACAUUACAACACGACAAGAAGUUGUCGUUAUAAUAGGAGCAAAAACGUGGAUUUACCUCAGAGUUUUUUUGGAAGAUGAUGAACCAAUUUAACAACAUUAGUUAAAUAGAUUUACCAGUGUUCAAGAAAGCAGUAAGCGCUGCGACUAGUAACCAAAACGAUUAAGCGAAGGUUUAGAUUAUUAGUUAGUCAGUUUACGCGUUUAUAAAUUAUAACAAUAAAAUAAAUAUAUGUAAUUCUAUAUUAAAUAUUAUUUUCAUAAAUGAUAACAUUUAUGCUAUUUUAUUUUCAUAUGAUUAUAUAUUAUAAUAUAUUUAUUAUCAUAAUUUAUGAAUAAAAAUUAUAUAUUAUUUAUUAUUACAAUAUUGUAAUUAUCUACGCAAUCUAGAAUGUGGUCACCAGGGUUUUAUAUAGUUUAUCGCAUAAACGCCAUCUAAAUGGCCAGACCGCUUUUUAAAACACUAAGAUUUACUAAUCUCCUUAAUAUGAUUCAGACUAAUGGAAAUAAAAUUAUUAGGCGUUGAUUUUCUUAAAUAAACUAAAAUUAUAGGUUAUAGAGUUAAGGAUGUAAUAAUUCUCAUAAUUUAUAACAAAAUAAUAAAUUAAUAUUAAAUAAAAGAAGUAAAGAAAAUGUUAUCAAUUUCAAACAAUAAAUUCAAACUCACGGUCUGAAGUAAAAACAACAACAGAAAUCUAAUCUAUUAAAACUGAAGUACAAUUAUUACUUACUUCUGAUUUUUUUUAAUGUUUACCAUAAAAUACCACUGAACUUAUAUACUGUCCUUUAAUAACUUUGCUAACCCUGCCUAAAAUAUAUGUUUACUUAAACAUAAAUAACAAAACCGAGUGAACCUAAAAUCAUGUGGUUUGUUAACAAUAAUGCCUCAGUUUAUUUGGUCUACAGAAAUCAAAACAAAUGUGUUUCGGUACAAAAUAUUCUUUGGUUAAAUGUUGGUCUGCCACUCCUAUAUUAAUUAUAAAUCAUUUUAAUUAUUUAAAACAGGAAUACAGUACAUUCGUAUUUUUUUCAAAUUGAUCUAUUUUUAGUAUUUUUCUUUCUUUUUCAUACUCUACAUUACAUUCAUAUUAUAAGGAGAUUUAUUAGAUAUUUAUGAUUUCAUUACGGUUUCUUUAGUCAUCAAAAAUUAGACUAACUAAUGUGGGUCAUCUAAAAUAUUAUCUAAAUUAGUCCCAACAAAACAUUACUGAACGAAUUUAAAUCCUUUAUUCUAGCAUAUUCGUUUAAAGUAUGUCAUUAAAAUACUGAACAAGAAAUUAUAAAAAUAUCUCACGUAUAGAUUUAUGAUACUGAAGAGUACUAUUAUAGAUUAUGUAUUUUAUGUAUUGAAGAGUAUCGGUAAUGUUUUGCAUUUGACGAAAUAUCUCAAUACAUAGUUACAUUUAUUUUCUUACAUAUGACUAUAUUAAAAUAACUUUAUAUACUACUAUAUUUUAAUAUAUACAUUUUGGAAAAUUUUCAAAAUAGUCAAUGCUCCAUUAUGAACAUUAUCCUUACUCUAUAAAUCAAUAAUAUAGUUAUUAUAGACUGUAUACACUAUAAAUAAAUGUAUUUUUUUAUAUAUAACCAUAAGAAUACAUAAAAUAAACCAAAACUUUAUUUACAUUUUAAAAACAUUUUAAAAUUACAAAUCUGAUAUUUUGAAAAUAAAUGGGAGCAGAUCAAGAUUGAGAUCUUUAAUAUUAAAGUUUGAAUAUAUUUCAAGAGGGAUUAUGAAAAUUAAAAAAUAUGUAGAAAUUUUAAGAAUAUCUCUCCAGUCCUUAUUAUUUACUAAAUAUUUCAAAUACAAGAAUAUAUUUUACAUAGUAAGAUAUUGAUUUAUAUAUCAUCAAGAAUAUCUAAUGAAAAUUCAUAGUUAUUACCAUCGAAUUAUUCAAAAUACUCUAUAAUUAUUAAGUUGUUAUUUGCAACAAUUUUAAUAUGAUAAUAAUCCUAAUAUCGGGAAUUUAUAAAAUAUAUUCUAAAAAUAAAUUUAAAUCAAUUUAUCAAAUACUAGAUAUAUUGUUCAAAUGGAUUUUGAUAAGUCGAGAACAUAAAACCGAAUUGAAACACAAAGAAAAAAAACGAAUCAAUGUUCACAAAUAUUUGAAUGGUUCCUAUAUCUCUAGAACAAUAAAACCAAAACUAAAUCAGAACCAAACUGAAAACCAAACUAUCCAAAUAAAGUUUAUAUGCUUUAAAAUAUUAUUUAUAAACCAAACUAUCCAAAAACAUUUGAUAACCCUAUUAAUUUUUAUCCAAAAUAAUUACAAUUAUCUCAAUUUUCCGAUAUAACAAAAGCACCCUGAUAUUUUUAUCCAAAAUAUUUAACUUAUCCAAGUGAUCCGAUAUUUUAUUAAAAAAAUCCCAAAUUUGUUUUACCCAAAUUACUCAAAACUAUCCAAAAAAACGGAAACCAAACCAGAACCAAAUUGAUAUUUUAUCGGGUUGCUUACAUUAUUAUCCGCACCAACAAAAACUAAAAUAACAAGGCCGAAACCAAAUUCAAGUUCAUAAAUAACCAAACGGUGUUUAAAUCUCUUCAACUGGAAAACUAAAAACCAUAACCAAACCAAAUACAAAAAAAGCUCGAAUGGAAAAUGAAAUGCCUAAACAUAUUAGUGGACAAACAAAGAGGUUAAUAGUGUGUAAAAAAAACAGACAUGCACUAAUAAAUUGGUCAACAAAAUAUAGUUACACGAUUUCUAUGGCUUAUUCUUAUGUAUUAAUAUAGUAUAUGGACCCAUUUAUCAGUUUAUAUAUUCUCUUACUAAUAUAUAUAAUUAAUAGAUUAGAUGUAGCUUCGUUGCAUUACAUAAAUAUAUAUACCAAAAUCGAUUUAUAUUAGGUUAAACUAUAAGAAACAUAAAAUUAGAGUUUCCCCAUUUUAACAUAUAAUAUUAGAUAUUUAUAUAUAUAUAUAUAUAUAUAUAUACAAAUUUUUACAAAGUACAUAUACAUUCAUAUAAAAAACAACUAAAAGAAUUGAAUAUUUGAAACAAUAAAUUACAACAUAUAAACAAUCAAAAUGUUAUCUUUAGAUCUAUACUAUUAAAACU